AUGUCCUAUGUAAGUACCUCUGCUAUGAACGUUACAUCAAAUUCCGGAUCAACUAAAAUACAUUCAACACAAGCUGAAAAUGUUCAUGUACAUUCAGUUGUUCAAACUGAAACCGAAUCAAAAGUUAAUAUUGAAAAUGCAAAAAAGAUAACUGAUCUUAUGGCUCGACUUGGAUCAACACAUCGUCAAGUUGAUGAAUAUUCACGUAAACGUACUGCAGAAAUCAGUGAAGCUGUUGCUAAAUCAAUUAAGAAAAUUGUUGCCGAAACACAAGAGCAUCAACAGCAACUUCUUGCUGAUGCUAAUUUACGCACAGCUGCAAUUGAACAUGAUUGUAAACUUAAAAUUCAAGAACAAAUUGCUAAAAUUGAUGUUGAAAAAGCAACUUUACUUGCUCAACUUGAAAAAGAACUUAAUAUUCGACAAGAACUUAUUCUUGAAUCAGCACGUCAACGCAUUGAUGAACUUAAUGAAGAAGCUAAUCGUUUAAAGAUGGGUGUUCUUAGAGAAGCUCAAGCUCAAACCAAUGCAAAAAUUAAUCAUAUUGCUGAACAAGUUGUUGCACUUGGACAAGAAGAUGCUUCGCAUCGUCUUGCAUCAACUACAACGACAGUUAUUACAACCAAAGCAGAAGCUACUAAUAAAACUCAUGUUGAAUCAACAAAAUCAACUAAUAAUUCAUCAUAA